AUGGAACACCUUAUUAGUGAAGAAACAAAAGUUACUGUUCAAGCAAUUCAAGAUAUUUCUGGUCUUGGAUUUCUUGAUAAAAGUAAAGGAACAAAUAUUCCAAGUUUAACUGAAUUAACACAAACUCAACACAAUAUUGAAUCACAAAUUUUAACUUCAAAUUCACAAAAUGAUUUAUCUCUUAAUGAUUCAUCUAUUCCUGAAGGAAGAAAAUUUCAAAUACCUUUAUGGUUAGCUAUUACUUUACAAAACUAUGGUUAUGUUAGAAUUAUUGUUAAUGAAGAAUUUAAUAAAGAAUAUUCCCGUCAAUUUAUUAAAAAAGCAACUGACGUAUUUGAAGUAAAUCCUUCUUCUAUUAAUUUUAGUAAAUUCCCUUUUUAUUUUGAAGUUGGUGGAAAUAUUGCACAAGAAAUUGGUGAUGUUGAAUUAGCUAAAUCUAUUCGUAACAUGAUGUUAAUUCGUUUACGUCGUAUUUAUGAUGAAGCUUGUAAUUCAUCAGAACAAACAAAUAAAUUUGUUAGAACUUUAACUCAUUCAGAAAAAGAAUUAUAUCAAGAAAUUAUUGAUGUAAAUGCUCAAUCAAAAAAAGUUAAAACAAUGGAACUUGAUCAUGUUCAAAUGUCUUCAUUUCAUGAUAUUAUUCAUAAAUAA